AAUGAAAGGAAAGGAGACAUGUUUGACAUCUCAAGAAGUAAAAUGACUGAGGAGGAGCGAAAAAGCGAGGAGAUGUCAAGCAGCAUGGAACAGAAGAGGUUGGAUUGAUGAUGAAGGAACAAGCUAUCCUAUAGACUUUGAUGACACAUUUUGUUUCAUCAUAAGAUACUACUGACAGCAAGAGGAGCACGGAAAUAUAUCUUCGUCUAUACCGAGACAUUGCUGCCGAUCCAUUUAGGAUGAAUCAUGUAAGAGAACUGCAAGAAAAUAUGAGGAUGAGCAUGUGUGGCUCCUCUUUUAUUUAUGGGGCCCACUGAGUAUUGGCCUGCACAUACGUAACCAACAUUUAAGGGAUAUAUCAUUUAUGGAAUCCUCUAUGCAAUCCCAUUAUAAAGAAGCGAUUGCAUUUAAUGCAUGUACUGCCAUACCUGACCUUGUUGUACCCAUGCCCCCUGUGACUGCUACCCCUGAGACCCCAGUCAAGCUUGGUGUUUGUGCCAAGUCUUUAGUGUCUUUGGCUUACCUCCUUCUACUAUUAGCUGGAAUUUUUGGUAACACUUUAGUCAUAAGGGUUCUGAGGAGCAUCCGUCAUGGACGAAGCGUUCAAACCUCACUUAUUCACCACAUAUGCAGCCUGGCAUGUUGUGACAUCUUACAGCUGGCACUGGGUAUACCAACUGAGCUGUAUUGUAGUAUCUGGAGUCCUUUUCCUUGGCCGCUGGGAGCUGCUGGGUGCUCUGGCUUCUAUUACCUAUGGGAAGUGCUUUGCUAUGCUGCCAUUUUUAAUGUACUGUCUUUGAGCUAUGAUCGGCACCGUGCAACCUGUCAACCUUUGAGUCUUCACGUGCAUCAGUCCUCAAAGGUGCGCUUACGGAUUUGUUUGCUGUGGAUAGCGUCCCUGCUUGCUGGUCUUCCUGUGCUUUUUUCCAUAGGCUUGGAAAACAUCACCAUUAAGGCAGUUGAAAAAAAGCAAGUAUCAGUGUGUACACCACUUAGCCCAUGGAUAGGGCUCUUCAAGGCCAGUGUUUGGGCAUCCUUCCUUACGUACCUGGGUGUGUUGUUGGCAGUGGCCAUAACCUGCUGGAACAUCAGGAGAACUCUGCGGGGGAACAGGAGUGACAGUCUGGUAAUUACAGGACCUAAUGGAUCCAUACAACUAUUGGGCAGGUUCUGUGGUGGACAUGUGGCUGUCCGCAGGCAAAAUGCCCAACUACUAGGCUGUAUCGUAGCCGUGCUAGCUGUGUGCUGGCUACCAUUCCAAUCCAGAAGGCUCAUGACUGUAUUGCGGAGUAAAGAUCAAUGGACAGAGACCUAUUACCAGUCUUAUAUCACCUUGCAGCCCAUUACUAAUAGUUUCUACUACCUCAGUGCUUGUCUUACACCUCUGCUCUACAACCUGACAUCCCGCAGCUUCCGAAGAGCCUUUCUGCAUAGGAUCACACCCUGCACAAAAGGGCCUCCUCCUGAAUCUGGAUCCUGGGAGACACAGGGAAGAGAUCAAGGAAUCAGGCUUUCUACAAUAGGAUGAGAAUCAAAGGAUAUGUUUUAGAUUCUAAUUUUUUGAUUAUCUAACUUGAUAUUUUCAGCUUUUCUUUGUUUUCAGAUCAAGCAGGACCGCCAUUUGAAAUAUGUUGGACUCAUACAGUCAGAUGAGCAGGACUCUUGGAUUUUCUUACCUAACACCUUAAAUAAGGGAGGGGAUUUUUGUGAUAUAAACCCCUAGACAGAGAAGACCGUAAAGAGGAUAUUAGAUUGUUAUAUACAAUAUAAUAUAAACAGGAAACAGAAGGAACACAAGGGGAAAUUUAUCACAUCACUUUUGUCUGGAGGUGUUACUCCACUUUUUACACCCCCUCCUUACUGGAGAAAAAUUGCAGCAAUUAUUGCGACUUUUAAAAUAGUUCCAGUUAAUAAAUCUGGCUUAACUCAA